AUGAGGCCCCAAAGGUUGAUACUUCCCCUCGCAGUUGUUCUAUUCAAUUAUGUGGCGCUAAAGUUGAUAAAAUGUCAUGAUCGAAGUUAUGCCCACCCGAAAAUUGUAAAACAUGAUAAACCUAAACAGAAACAUCACAAAGUCGAGCAUGAAAGUCCCGAUGAAGAGGUCCACAAGGAAGAUUCAAUCCCCAGUCCAAUAAAGAAAACCCUCGGCAGACAUAAACUCGCGAUAAUUGUCCCAUUCCGUGACCGAUUUGAUGAGUUGAUGGAAUUUGCUCCAGCGAUGCACUCUUUCCUCAACGAAGCUAAUGUGCCCCACGAAAUCAUCGUUGUCAAUCAAGUCGAUAGUUAUCGAUUCAAUCGAGCUUCCCUUAUAAAUGCUGGAUUUUUGUAUACGCUUGAUACAGAGAUCGACUACAUUGCCAUGCACGAUGUUGAUUUGAUUCCACAAACUCACCAGAUCAAAUACGAGUAUCCAAAAGACGGUCCCGUCCACAUCGCUUCCCCUGAUCUUCAUCCGAAGUAUCAUUAUCCUAACUACGUCGGUGGCAUUCUUAUGUUAUCGCAUACCGAUUUCAAGAAAGUGAAUGGAAUGUCGAACAAUUUCUGGGGCUGGGGAAGAGAGGACGAUGAGCUGUUUCUUCGAAUGAGAGACGCAGGUCUUGAGUUGCACCGGCCCAAGGGUGUAACCACUGGUUAUGAGACGUUUAAACACGUUCAUGACAAAGUAAAACGUCCACGAGAUUAUAAGCGUAUCGGAGAUCAGAAGAAACAGCAAUUCAAACGCGACCUCAAAGGCGGAUUCCACACGCUGAAGCACAAAGUCGCAAGAAUUGAUGAUCUAAACAUUAACAGUACUCCUGUUAAAAUUCUUCACGUGGAACUAGAGUGUAACAAAGAAGAGACCCCGUGGUGUGAGAACCAGUGA